GACAUGACUAUGGUGGAUCCUCUGGGGAGCCUCAACAACAUCCUGAUGCUGACAAGGCAGAGAAGAGUCUCUCCAGAUCAGAACACCAGAUGGACAACGCUAGCCCUUCCUCCCUCCCAGAGUCCCUGUGUCAUGCCUCUCCCGGUAGCACCUUACUGCUGGGUAUGAAGAGGUUGUCUGUGCUGCUGGUGGACUGCAGGAAAACAACGGGGCUGAGUGGAACUGUGAGAGGAGGAGAAGAGAAGAAAGGAUCAGAUUUGACUUAUCAAAGAGGAAAACCGAACUUGGAGGAACCAGCGACGUCCAAACCAGCAAGACGACACCUCUGCUCCCAUUGUGGAAAAAGUUUUAACCAGUUAGUUAGCUUGAAAAGACAUGAGAGGGUACACAUAGGAGCAAAGCCACACCAUUGCUCCCAGUGUGGAAAGAGUUUUAAGCGGUUAGACACGCUCAAAGCUCAUGAGAGAACACACACAGGGGAGAAGCCAUACUAUUGCGCCCAGUGUGGAAAAGGUUUUACCCAAUUAGGAAGCCUGAAAGAACACACGAGACUGCACACAGGGGAGAAGCCUUACCACUGCUCCCAGUGUGCAAAGCGUUUUACCCAUUUAGGAAACCUGAAAGAACACAUGAGGCUGCAUACAGGGGAGAAGCCUUACCACUGCUUCUGGUGUUCAAAGUGCUUUACCCAUUUAGGAAACCUGAAAGCUCAUGAGCGAAUACACACAGGGGAGAAGCCUUACCGCUGCUCCCACUGUGGAAAGCAUUUUAACUAUUCAGGAAAGCUGAAAGAACACAUGGGACUGCACACAGGGGAGAAGCCUUACAAGCUGGCUUCCACCUGCGUCCUUGUAUGAAUAAAGUCCCUCCCAGGAACAGAAAACUAUAAAGAUAUGUGCUCAUCACCCAAUGCUUCAGGAAUUCAGACUGUCUACACUGCGCUGUGUAAUUGUUAUUCUCUCUGAGCUCAGAAAUAAAGAAUCUUGGUUUGA